AGCAAAGCACAGACCAGGCUUAGGACACAACAGAGAUGACUUUACGGACAUCGAGAAGCCUAAGUCACGCUGCCAUUGGACCUGCAGCACAAAAGACAUCAAAAGGUGUGCAUGGUGAGAACCGUAAGGCGACAUAACGCUUAGACGCCAUUACUGAGAACCGCAAAGGUCAAGAACACUUUUUUUUACUGACUUGGGGCUGCACAAAGCAAAUUAUUGCAUUUUUCGUUCUCCAUGGCGAGCAUUUUGGUUUAUUUAUUGGGAACUAUUUGCAGCAACAAGACUUUCCUCUUGCUUUUAACCAUCCAAUUGCUUCGGGGGCCUCUGUGUGCAAAGAGCACCCCCAUAGCCAAUACGGAUCAGAGGCUUCCACCGGACCAACUGGGACGGACCGUGGACUCGACACAGUUGGAACAGGACAGCAAUCUGAACAGGCAGGGGGUCCUGGAGAGUUUGAAAGAACAGUUUUUGCAGACUUUUAACCUCUCGGGAUUGGGUCCACCUCCACUGCCGCCUGGAAGCAUACGAGAGGAACCGCCUGAGUACAUGAUGGAGCUCUACAACCGCUUCGCCAAUGACCGCGACUCCGCGCCCAGCGCCAGCAUCAUCCGCAGCUUCAAAAACGAGGAUUUUUCUGCGAGUGCUUUAGGCGUUGGAGGAGUACGGCGCCACCAACUUCUCUUCAACGUGUCAGUCCCGCAACAUGAACGCAUCACGGCCGCCGAGCUCCGCCUCUAUACGCUCGUCCAGACCGACCGCCGUCUGUACGCCGGUGUUGACCGCAGGGUCACUAUCUAUGAAGUGGUACCCCGUGAUGGAGCGCACAAUACCACCGAUGAGAACGUUCUCGUAGAGGGACAACUCGACGAGGCGAUGGAGCUGGUGGAGUUGGCUUCACGGCAAGUUUUCGGCACCGAUGACGGCUGGGAAGCAUUUGAUCUCACUGCUUCCGUUCAGCGGUGGCGUAAAUCCGAGCACGGCACCACGCAUCGAUUGGAGGUGCACAUUGACAGCAUGGCGGGUGAUAGCGAUCCUCAAGGGUUCGGAGAGGAAAACGAAAUUAAGAAUACCGAUGACAUGAAGAUCGAUACAAGCAUGAAAGAAAAACACAAACCUCUUAUGAUCGUUUUCUCUGACGACCAAAGCAACGACCAUCGAGACGACGAGCAAGAACUCAGUGAAAUGAUCGACCAUGAAACCUCCAACGUCAUUUUCCGAAACGACUUGGAUAAUGACUUCAUUCCCGCCGACGGAGAUUCCGAGCCGGAUGAAGCUGACCUGAUACAAAUGCGCUCAAAUCUAAUCUACGACACUUCCUCACGUAUCCGCCGCAACGCUAAGGGCAACCAUUGCAGGAGACAACCUCUGCAUGUCGAGUUCAAGGACAUCGGAUGGGACAGUUGGAUUCUGGCGCCCACCAGCUACGACGCUUACGAGUGUUCUGGGAUUUGUUCGUUCCCGCUGACAAAACACGUCACACCGACUAAACACGCCAUCGUUCAAACAUUGGUGAACAUCAACAGUCCUCAGAAAGUGGCGCGGGCGUGUUGCGUUCCCACCAAACUGGAUCCGAUUUCUCUUCUGUACCUGGAUGACACAGGCGUCGUCACAUACAAGCACAAGUAUGAAGGCAUGGCUGUGGCUGAGUGUGGUUGUAGAUAGUCGAUACUCACAUUUACGUUAUAAUACCAAAGACUCUUUGAAAGAGCGAUCCAAUCGGGCGGGCAGUGCACAGAACCAUUGCAUCAGGUGCGGUCCAAAGGAAAGCUAUGGUUCCAUCCAUACAUCCAUUUUCCUCCGCUUAUCCGGGUUCCGGGUCGCGGGGUCAGCAGUCUUAGUACUCUUCGAAAGAGCGAUCCAAUCGGGCGGGCAGUGCACGGAACCAUUGCAUCAGGUGCGGUCCAAAGGAAAGCUAUGGUCCAUCCAUCCAUCCAUUUUCCACCGCUUAUCCGGGUCUGGGUCGCGGGGGCAGCAGUCUUAGUAGGGAAGCCCAGACUUCCCGAUCCCCGGCCACCUCCUCCAGCUCCACCGGGAGGACACCAAGGUGUUCCCAGGCCAGCUGUGAGACAUAAUCCCUCCAGCGUGUCCUAGGUCCUAGGUCUCAGACUUCCGGAUCCCCGGCCAACCUCCUCCAGCUCCACCGGGAGGACACCAAGGCGUUCCCAGGCCAGCUGUGAGACAUAAUCCCUCCAGCGUGUCCUAGGUCUGCCCCGGGGGCCUUUUCCCGGCUGGGCAUGCCUGGAACACCUCACCAGGGAGGCGUCCGGGAGGCAUCCAAACUAGAUGCCCGACGAGCCACCUCAACUGACUCUACUCAGAGCCCCUCCCGGACGACUGAGCUCCUCACCCUAUCUCUUAGGGUGAGUCCAGCUACCCUACGGUGGAAACUCAUUUCAGCCGCCUGAAUCCUCACUCUUUCGGUCAUGGCCCAAAGCUCAUGACCAUAGGUGAGAGUGGGAACAUAGUAGAUCGACCGGUAAAUUGAGAGCUUUGCCGUCCGGCUCAACUCUCUUUUCACCACGACGGUCCGGUACAGAGACUGCAUUACCGAGGCUGCACCAAUCCGUCUGUCGACCUCACGAUCCAAAUUUCCCUCACUCGUGAACAAGACCCCGAGAUACUUAAACUCCUCCAGCUGGGGCAGGACCUCAUUCCCAACCCGGAGGGGGCACUCCACCCUUUUCCGACUGAAAACCAUGGCCUCAUGGCUUGGUUGCAUGGGCGACCUGGUCUUUGAAAGCUAUGGUUCAUUCAUUCAUUCAUUCAUUCAUUUUCUCAUGAGGGUUGCAGGGGGUGCUGGAGCCUAUCCCAGCUGUCUUCGGGUGAGAGGCGGGGUACACCCUGGACUGGUCGCUAAGCCAAUCACAGGGCACAUAUAGACUAUGGUUUCUCCAGUUAUUUAUUAUCAAUAAUAGCGGCCAACUUUUUGCUUUAACUAAGCACAUUCUGCACUGUUUGUUCUGUGGGAACCGGUGGACCAGUGGUUUCCCCCCCGUGCUCAAUCCCCGACAUGUGUUUCCCUCUACACUUAUCUCCGGCCUCACUUCAUGCACUAAUCAGCACUUCAGUGAAAUGGCCUCCUCGAAGGCAAUCUCACAACACAUGAACUCUCCAAGCCUGUGGCCUCCUGAUACGUUAGGCACCACGCGAGGGUCCGACUGGCGAGGUUAUCUAUCCGAAACCCAGUUUCCCCUACUUCACAUGCCUCUUUUCCACUACCCUCCACCCCCUUCCCCCCCCGGACGGCAAAGUCGCAGUGAUAGCAAGGUGUUUGAAACAUGUAUUCUAACGUCAUUCCAAGGAUAGGGGGAAGUGGAACAGAACAAGAUGUAGACCGCAUUCUUCGGCGGUCUCAACUCCGUCUUCAGCACCCCGAGUCGAGUCAUUUAUUGGGGAAUUUUGGGGAGCGACUUUGGAGCAGAAAAAGAACUACCGUGUUGACUUUUCUUGGUUUAAACCCAAAGGAAAAUUUAUUGUUUUUUUUUGUUGUUUUAGCUUUUGAUACCUCUGCUGCUUGAAAUAAAUGACCUGCUAUUUAUUGCUCUAAUUUAUUAUUUUUUAAUAAAAAUAAAUAACUAUAAAUGGAAUUGUUGUUACAUAACGAUGAGCAUGUUUGACUAAAACCUUUGGACCUUUUUACGACCCGAUAUGACAAAUUAGAAUAUAUGAGCUAUUAUUAAGUAUGACUAGACACAUUUUGAUUGUUGUGGUGCCAUUUAAGGAAAGUUGAUAUUUUUAGUUGACGCUUAAUGAUCAUUAGGCCUGCUUCCUUUAUUCAACGGUAUCAGCACAAAGGUCAGAGUUCAUCCAAACAAAGACCCAUGGGAAACUGACUUCGAGGGUCCGUUAAUGAACAGAACUGAUCAUCUGCUGCUUAUGCUGACACGAGAAGGAAAAUGUGAAUUUAAAAAAAACAAUAAUCUCAAUAAUGAUAGGGAAUCUCUGAUGUCAAAGUGUUGGAUUCCGAUGUUGGA